AUGAGCCAUGACACGCCUCCAAGAGGAAUUGAUGUCGAGCUACAAAGCCUUGGAUCCGGUAGCCGCUUCAGCCAGAUCCCCUUGAGCCACCCGAACCCGUUGUCCAUCGGAGCUGAAGUCUACCAUGCCAAAGAAUAUCAGCGCAAGAGAACUCGCUGUACUAUCAUAACAAUCGUCACCCUCGCGGUCUUGUUGCUGAUCGCUACGACAGCAUUCGGUACACUGUACGGUCUGCAAGCGGGUGAGGCUCCAGCGGUCCAGGUCCUGACCACUACAGCGUCGAGAACCCGAGUCCUCACCUCGGUGUUCACGACUGCCGCGACCAGCACAAAGUCGACUACCCACACAGAGAAAGAGACAGAAACCUCCACAACGACGACAACCCAGGCCGCUCCCUCGCCAAUCACACCGCCGCUGAACGAGACCAGCUACUGUAUCCCGAAGGGAAUUUACGGAGGUGUGGAGUUGCGCGAUAUCAAUAGCAACUACGCUGUCGAAAUCACCGGCGAGAUACAGGAUGCCGUGAGAACAGGGCUCGACGUCGGCGACCAAAACUACCUGGCCUUAGCUCUGAGGAGCAUCUUUGAGUGCGUCACUGAGAUCGAGCUAAGGCUCAUAGCGGCGUGCCAGUCGGGGUACCUUCGAAUGUUCAACGGGAUCGCCUGUCUGGGUGUCAAUCCAGAGUACAGCACAACCCAUCCUGGCGUGGUAAUCCCCACGAACACGACGACGGUGAUUGUUGUGAAGACCAAGACAAGCACGGCGCUGCCUGUUAUGAGUCUCACGGCUACCACAACCGUCGAGGUUCUGAGGACAACAACUCCGGUUGUUUGGACGACCCGAAAAACCACCCUUCCGCCUCUCACAGGAUUCGGGGUACCACUUCGUGAGAAGUGGGCAACACAGGAGACUUUUAAGACAGGGUAG